CUUACACCUACUCAAUUGGUACAACGGCCAUGUCUCGACUGCUGUUGUCAUGUCUUUUUUUUCGCCUACUGUUACUUUUCCCCCUUCAGCUCAUCUCCACCACAAAGUCUCACUUCCCACGUGAUGCUAGUACCGUGUUUGAUUCGUCGCUCUUGCAAAUUUUCAAUAUUCCAACCAGCCAGUCAAAACGGCCCUGCUACGUGGUUACUCAGCCGCACGCCACAGAGUCAUGUUUCUUUGUUGCUGGCAGAGACACGUGCACCGCUGCUUGAGGCAAUUUUCACGUCUUGAGGAAAAUCUCUCCAAUUUGAGGCAAUUACUCCAUGUACAGCUGCCUGAGGGAACCACGGUGUUGCGUUGCGUUGCAUUUGGGCUUUGGUCAUGCAUUUUGCUGCAAAAGGAUGGCAUGUGCUGUAUCUAGUGCUCAGACAUGCCAACCACGACCACUCUCUUCACCUCUGAUCUCCAUUAUGAAACCGGUCAAUCUUCUUCUCAUAUUUAGUUCCAAACCUUGAUAUUACUCACAACUUAAUAUAUUGUAACCAAACCCUCUCCGCAUUCCUCACA